CGCCUCAUUCAUUCCCAGUGUGGUCGCAAUGCUUCUCUCCUCCCUUGUUUUACUCUCCUUGAGCCACCUUGGAGCGUCCUACGUCGCUCGCCCUACCUCUGCAGCGAACGCAAAGCUGGUGGAGCGCGAUGGAAUCGUCUACCAUCAGUUCGAGGACCGAUCUACCAAUUCGACCAUCGAGGUGGUCAAGAACUCUGGAAUAUGCGAGACUACGCCUGGUGUCAACACAUAUUCCGGAUACUUUUCCGUCGGCGAGGGCAUGAACAUGUGGUUCUGGUUCUUUGAAGCCCGCAACAACCCCGAGUCCGUCCCCCUAGCUACCUGGUUCAACGGUGGCCCGGGAUGCUCCAGCAUGAUUGGUCUUUUCCAAGAGAACGGCCCGUGCCAGUUCUACAACGGGUCCCACGAGCCAGAGCUGAACCCCUACAGCUGGAACGAGUACGCUAACAUGCUCUACAUCGACCAGCCGAUCGGAGUUGGGUUCUCGUACGGUGUCGACACGGUGGUGUCGACUGAUACUGCGGCGAAGUAUGUCUGGAAAUUGAUCCAGGCAUUCUACACCCAGUUCCCAGAGUACCAGAGCCGAGACUUUGCCAUUUGGACGGAAUCGUACGGGGGCCACUACGGCCCAGGGUUCGCAGAUUAUGUGUUGAAGCAAAACCUUGCCAUCAAACAAGGAAAGGAACCUGGCGAGGAGAUUAACCUGGUCGCACUAGGGGUCAACAACGGCUUCACCCACGCGGCCGACGUCUACAAGUCGUACAUUGACUAUGCCUUGGUGAAUCCCUAUCGGCCCUUGAUCACACCGGACCAGGCGGCCGAGUACUACGCGGACUACUAUGGAGCGUGCCUCCCCGCGCUCAACGAAUGCCCGAGCCCAACCGGCGGAAAUGCUGCAUGUGUUGUCGCAUCAGAGAUCUGCUAUGAGCUGAUCGAGUACCCGAUCUCGUCUACCGGGAGCUUCGAUGUGUAUGACGUCCGCGCCCUUUCGGUGGACCCCAACCCGCCGAGCACGUAUAGCAAGUAUCUGUUACGCCCGGAUGUUGUCAAGGCCAUCGGCGCUCGCUCGGUGUAUCAGGAGUGUCCCACAACGGCUUAUGGGCUUUUCUCAGCGACUGGCGAUGGGUCUCGUUCGUACCUUCAGCAGCUGAGUGAUGUUGUGCAGUCCGGCGUGCGAACCUUGCUUUGGGCAGGCGACGCAGACUGGAUCUGCAACUGGCUGGGUUUCAAGGAAACCGCAGACAAGGUGUCCUACAAGGGCCACAAUGAAUUUGCGAACAAGAAACUGGCCGAUUAUCACGUCAAUGGAGAGAAGAAGGGAACGUACAAGACUGUUGACAAUCUGUCGUACCUUCGAGUUUUCGAGGCUGGCCAUGAGGUGCCGUACUACCAACCCGAGAUUGCGUUGCAGGCCUUCAAGCAGACUAUGCAGGGCCAGCCAAUUUCCUCAACUUGAUUUGGGCCCAAAAAACGCCAUCGACGAAGAGGGGAGGGCUCACCUCCCAAUUUCUUACGCUAUCUUGGCUCCUAAUUGGAAGAUUUUUGUUCUUUCUUUCUACCUUUAUUUCUUUGGCAACCUGUUUUGCUUCACACAGAUAAUCAGCUACUGACCUCCCUAAUCCUGAAUGGGGGCGCUCGUCGACAAGUUCCAACCUGGGGGCGAUGUUUUUAGCCACAUAGUCUUUCAGUUCUUGUUUUCCCGUUUUAAAUCCACCCCUUUUAGUAAUAUGCAACGGGUCCGGCUAUCAUUUUGCUUCCAUUGGCCGUCAUCUUCACCUCUUACCAUACCCUAUCUUCAACCUUCUAAAAAGGUAUACAGGGUACAUAUGGGGUCUAGAGUAACAGGAGAUGGAUACAGAAAAAAUAUAAACCAUUAGUACAGGGUCCCAAAGGACUGUAUAAGACGCAACAUCUCCCACGUAGAUGCAGG